GCUCUAGUCCUAGCCCCAACUCCAGCCCCCUGCUUGGGGCAUUGGAUGGGGCCACAUGUGAAGAGGAGAUGGAGGGGAUUGAGGUAUACCAAGCUGUCUCAGUGAGGAUGAUCAGUGAGGGGCUGAAAGGAGAGACGGAGGAGGAGGAGGAGACCAUACUCAGCAGCACAGUGGAAACCACACUAACAGAGGUGUCACCAGUCUCCACACUCUCCUCACUAUCCACAGUCUACCCAGUCUACGCAGUGUCUCUACCCAUGGACUUUACUGUCCACUCAUUCAAAUCUGACCUUAGACCAGUGGAUAUGGAACAUGAAGUUGGAACAAAACCUGAUCAGUAUGAUACUACUUCUGACAGCAACGCCAAGCCUGAUCAAAACACAACACAUGUGUAUGCUGGGAGACCUGAUAGGGAUGAUGUAAAACCUACUGGAAAUAACAGAAGCCCUGUUGAUGACUCAGAGCUCACUGAUUGGCCCGUCCAGGCUGAGGAUAUAGUGGGAAGGUCUGCAGCAACAGAGAAGGAGCCGGAAACCAGUGUGGAACAGAAACACUGGCAGGAAAUGGCUGCCAUCACCAGUCAUCCCACAAGAGAGAGCAGCUAUCCUCAGAAUUGUAGAGAGGACAGAGAGAGCAGCAAUCUUUCUCAGGGUUGUGAGGACAUAGAGAGCAGACAUAUUUCUCAGGGUCGUGAGGACAGCGAGAGCGGCCAUCUCUCUGAGGACAGAGGAGGCUCUACUCCUGUCCCUGAGGACCUGCCUAGCGGGGACACUCACUUACAGCCCUGCAAAGGUUCUUCAUCCUCCUUGUCCCAUUUCCUUUCAAUAGGUUCAGAAUGGAGAGAUGGGAGGUUGAGUUCAGAAGGAGGAACUGAAACCACUGACUGCAGAAACCUGUCUGAGAAGAACACAGAGGACGGAACACAGGCGGAGGACGGAACACAGGCGGAGGACGGAACACAGGCGGAGGACGGAACACAGGCGGAGGACGGAACACAGGCGGAGGACGGAACACACACUGACAAAAGGGCAGAGAUAUACACUGAGAAUAGAAUAUCCCUCCUAGAGGAAUGUGUUGCAACAGACAGCCUUAGUAGCAUGUGUAGUGUAGGAACACAGUCUGACAGUAGUUUAGGGACACUCCCUGAGGACACUGAGUGUAGUAAUAUAGCAACAAAUGACAGUGUGUUUGUCACCCCUGUUUUCCCCCCUGUGACAUUUGGAUUCAGCCCAUUUGAUGAACCCCUGAAGUUUGUUUCCCACGGCGAUGACUGCUCAGAUGUGGACUACCCUGUAGACGAUGCAACGACGGCAGAUUCCUAUUUGUUGGCGGGAGUGCUGGGGGUGGAGCCUGAUCAGAUUGACGUUUACGCCUCGACUCCCUCUUACCAGAUACAGUUCCUGGGUCAGGGGUCACUGGCUGUCACCACAGACAUGGACACUGUGGGGGUGAGAGGACAGGUCGAGGAAGGGGGCAUGAUAGACAUGGUGUCAGAACUGCUGGGAGAGGAAGGGGACCCCACCCUCUCUGGCCUCUACCCCUCUCCCUGGACGCAUUUAGGGCCAGGGCUGGUAGAGGAAGAGGUCUGUGGAGGAUGGGCCCAGGGGCUGGCCCAGGGUAUGGUGCCCAGCCAGGGUGAGGGUGAGGAGGGCUGCGAGGAGGAGCAGCCCCCUAGCUCCAUGGCCCUGCUGGGAGUAUACCCCACCUACAGCACUCUUCUGCCUCAGGACUCUUGUCUCUGGGAAUGGCACCAUCAGUACCAGCCUAAAUCCACCCUGGUCUCUGAGCUCAACCCCAACGCUCAGGUAUGGGCCAGUCACAUGCUUAGUCUGGACCCCUCAGGCCCCAUCUACACUGACUCCCGUCUACCAUGGCUGGCUGUUAACCAGGAAGGGUAUGACCAGGGAUAUGACCUGGAGGAAGUGGGCGAGGCUCAGCUGGAACCGAGCGUCAUAGAAUUCCCAACAGGCACUAUGGGAAACCUGUCAACCAAUGGCCUGGUCCAGGACAGCUGUAUAUCAGAGGAGCUCAUCGAUCAUCUGAAGACCUCACUGGAGUCCUGUCUGUCACGGGAGAAUCUUGCCAACGACCUCUACCUUGUCUCCCAGAUGGACAGCGACCAGUUCAUUCCCAUAGCAACGCUAGCCAACCUCGACCACAUCAAGAAGCUCAGCACGGACAUGGAACUCAUUUCUGACAUCCUCAAGUCCUUGCCACUGGUGGAGGUGGCAGAAUGCGGGCAAAAGGUACGGCCCAAUCAGGGACGCUGUAUCGUUAUCCUCCGAGAGGUCCCGGAGACCACACCCCCAGAGGAGGUUAAGGCUCUGUUUGCCUGUGAGAGCCUCCCCAGGAUCCAGAGCUGUGAGUUUGCCCAGAAUGACAACUGGUUCAUCACCUUUAAAACUGAGGCUGACGCUCAACAGGCAUUUCAGUACCUGAGAGAGGAGGUGAGGACGUUCCAGGGAAAACCCAUCAAGGCACGGAUCAAGGCCAAUGUGAUGGCAGUCACAUCUUACGCUCCAAAGAAUGGCUACAGGCCCCGCCCAAUGCACCCCUGCACCAAUCAGCAGCCUUACAACCCAUACCACGCCCCUCCAACUUUCCAGCAGCCCCUCCCACAGCUUUACCCAAUGAGCAAUCAAAGGUUGGCUGCCAUGGCCGGAUACACGGACCCUGACCUGCAGAUGGCGUCAUUACCUGGCUUCAUGAACGGCUUCCCAGGAGGCCCCAGCUUCAAAAUAUCCCCCUCAUACAGACACAGUAGGGGGCACCGUGGGCAGCGGGAGCAGAGGCGGCGGUCUGGCGACAGGGAGCCGGGCCUUCUGGAUGACCCCCCCUUCUUCCCAGAGCAUGUACCAAUAGGACGCCCCCCUGGCCACCCCAGGCAGGGCCGGCCACAGUUACCAGGCAGCAGGCGUAGUAGGGAGGGAGAGGGGGGUCGACGUGGAGGGAGAAGGGAGUCAGGGUCCUCCCCAAGCACUGGCAUACGAAGGAGAGGCCCCAUUGGUCAGAGGAGGAGAAGAAAUGAGAAGUACACUAGAGAGCCCCCCAAGUCGCCCCCCCGCUCCUUGUCUCCCAGUCUGGAGCUUGGCCCUACUAGCUUCCCCCCGCUGCCCCCGGCAACGGCCUCCAGAGAAACACUUACCAUAGCAACCAGCCAUCACAAAGCAACCUGCAACCACAAGAGUGCAGUUACAGACAGCAGUACCAGCCAACCAACCACUGUGACAUUACAAGACCUCCAGCCUAUCACAGCAUUGCCUCAGAAAACCCUCCCCCCAGAGAAGCUAAAGGAAACCAUGCCAUCUCCCAAGAGGACCACAGCAGCUCCUCCGACCAUGAAAGAACCUCUCCAGACCAUGAAGGAAAACGGACCAGCAGUGGAGUCCAAGAAGCCAAGCUACGCUGAGAUCUGCCAAAGGAUACGAGCCAAUCAAACGCUUUGCGCAAACCUCAUUGACCACACCCCAUCCGGGGUGGAGCUUGCCCCAGCCUAUCCUGCACAGGAGUCUGGCCAGGCUCAGUUACCACGGUGACCAGAGUGAGAUGGUUACUUUUGGUUGGGGAGGGCAAGAGGGGAGGAGGAGAGAAGAGGAAGACGUUUUUCAAGCCAAAGAAAAAAAAUCUAUAGCCCUUUAAUGUUGAGGUUUUGAUUUAUUUUAUUUAUAAAGUUUAGUUACUUUUAGAAGCCAAGUUGUAGAACUCUUGUUUCUCUCUGCUGUCUGUCUGUCCGUCUUGUGUCUCUGUCUGUCUGUCUGUCUGACUGACGGAACUCUCUGAAUUCUUUACCUUUUAAUAUUGAUUAAUUUAUUUUUAUGAAUAUUGAUUAGUAUUUAGAGCAUCAGACAUACUUCUGUAUGAAUUCCUAAGUCUAAAUAACUUCAGCGGAACAGUUACAAUAACUAAACUGGAACAGACUGGAACAGUUACAAUAACUAAACUGGAACAGACUGGAACAGUUACAAUAACUACACUGGAACAGACUGGAACAGUUACAAUAACUACACUGGAACAGACUGGAACAGUUACAAUAACUAAACUGGAACAGACUGGAACAGUUACAAUAACUAAACUGGAACAGACUGGAACAGUUACAAUAACUAAACUGGAACAGUUACAAUAACUAAACUGGAACAGACUGGAACAGUUAAAAUAACUAAACUGGAACAGACUGGAACAGUUACAAUAACUACACUGGAACAGACUGGAACAGUUACAGUAACUACACUGG